AUGCGACAUAUUCUCCUCCACCCUCAAUUGCGCGCGGCGCUUCCUAAAUCAGUCCAACGGGACUUGCGGACUCAACUAUGGGUUCGCUUCAAAUCCCAGGUCCCCCGACCCUCCAAGCGCCAUGAGCCAGCAGCGCCAGCAGCGCCAGAAUCCAAAGAAUUGAACCCAACCUCGGCACGCGCACCGAUCCCAAGUGCCUCCAAAACAAACCUUCGAAGAGGGCCACCGGAGCGUAUAUUGGUCUACUAUGGAGGAACUGGCCGAGCCAUGUUCCUAGGCAUGCUACGGGUAUCUACCAUUCUUCUGUUUGGUGCCGCAUGUUUAAUUGUGGCACCAUCUUGCUAUAACGAUGAAAAUGAAUGGUAUAUUACACCACUAGUGAUUGCCGGCGGUGCAAUGCCCAUGCUUUUUGUCGCUUUCACAUCAGCACCUUAUGUCAACUUUGUUCAUUUGGCUCUUCCGGCUUUCGCCCGGAGAUCCCGUGAAGCGGCAAUUCAUUAUGCCAAGGACCUACCACCAACGGCAAUUCUCUAUUUGAACACCAUGCGAUUCAACACCAUUCCUCGCACAAUUCAAGUGCGUGUUGGUGAUCUUGUACCGGACAAGCAUGGACUCCGUCCGGUCGUCUUCCGAAACACAAAGCCCGUUGAGAGGCCCUGGUGGAUGGGGAAACACCAAACCCAGUUUUAUACUGGUGAUCAUAGCCAACCGGGACGCCAGUCUUCGGCCUUUUAUCCUGAGGUCUGGCCAAGUAUCUUCCAGCGCAUUCAAGGCAAGACACCAGGGCCGGGCAAGCGUUAA